CUGUUGACCAGUUAUGCGCAAACACGCAAAAUAUGCAUAAAAUUUUAUCCCACCCCCAAACCCCAAACCCCAACACCCCGAAGGUGCCCUCCCCACCAGGUGAGAGUCCUGAAGCCAUGAGCGUCUGGGUCUGGGAUAUAAACCCAGAUAUAGCCUCAGACGUUCCCAAUUCCCCCCUCGCGCAAUAACCGGGGCCCCAGAAGCCCCGCCCACGGCUCAGCCCUGCUGGGUCCCGCCCCCGCAUGCAAAUGACCCGCCAUUCAGCCAAUAGGGGGCAGGGGGCGUGGCCACGGCGGGACUUGCCCGGGCAUGUGUGAGCGGCGGCUUCCGGGCGGGACACGUGGGGAGCGCGGAGGGCCCGGAAUGCCACCUGGCAAAGGGCAGAUGACCCCGCUGCUGCCCGCCCCGAAGGUCUCCGCGCCCACCCUGCAGGGCACCCAUGACCCCUCCGCAGGGGGCUGCCCUCAGGCCCUGAAGGGUCCCGUCUCGCCGCAGGGCCGCAGCAAGAAGAAGAGCCGUAAGCACCAGCGGUUCCUGGAGCGCCGGGCACUGCUGGAGCAGAGGGGGCUGCUGAGCCCCCACGAGCACAGGAGCACUCAGACCCCCGUGGCGGGGCCAGAGGCACACGCCGCCCUCACCAAGGCAAAUGGCACCAAGACACAGCGCUCUGGCAAGGUCCCCAAGCCCAAAUGGGUCAUCUCUGCAUCCCUGUCCCCAUCUGCCUCUCCAGACAGCAUAGCCAGGCACCACUCCGUGCUGCUGUCCCAGGGGAACGGCAGCUCCAAGAAGGUGCGAAUGUCCUCACUGGUCCUGCGCCCGGGCAAGUACGUGGCCAUUGACUGUGAGAUGGUGGGCACCGGCCCUCAGGGCAGGCUGAGCGAGCUGGCACGGUGCUCCGUGGUGAACUACGAGGGGGAUGUCAUCUACGACAAGUACAUUCAGCCCGAGCUCCCCAUCGUGGACUUCCGGACACGCUGGAGUGGCAUCACCAAGCAGCACAUGAAGAGAGCGAUUCCCUUCAAGGCUGCCCAGGCAGAGAUCCUGAAGAUCUUGAAAGACAAGAUUGUGGUAGGACACGCCAUCCACAAUGACUUCCAAGCCCUGAAGUACUUCCACCCAAAAGACAGGACUCGAGACACCAGCCAGAUCCCUGUGCUGAAGCAGAAGGCAGGGCUGCCUGUCAGGGCCAAUGUCUCACUCAAGAACUUAGCCAGGCACCUGCUCCAUAAAAGGAUCCAGGUUGGCCAUAAAGGACACUCGUCGGUGGAAGAUGCUCAAACAGCCAUGGAGCUGUACAGACUGGUGGAGGUGCAGUGGGAGAAGGAGCUGGCCCAUAGCCUGCCCCCCCGGCCCCCCAGCCCCAUCACAGACCCCACUGCAGACAGCAGCCAGUACUUGGAUGACCAGUACUGGCCCACAGACCUGAUGGCAAGUGGCCUGUGAUGGGGGACAGUGUCUCCUCCAUGUAUUUCGGGCCAUCCUGGUGCCUUCAGCUCUGGAAGGUGGAGGUGACCGCUGACCUCCUCCCCCGGGGCUCGUACUCCAUGGGCUCUGCCCAGUACCCAGCCCUGCCCCAGGGAUGGAGACAUGGUGACACCUGGACACCAGCAGUCUCCCAGAAAUGCUGUCUGCAGCCCCUAGUUCAUGCACAGAAAUGAGGGCUGUGGCUGCGCUGUGUUCAUCUGUCACUUUGGGAUGAGUAGGGGUCCUGGUGUCAGCCUGGAGGAGCCCCCAUGGGCAUGUGGUGGGGGCUACCAGCACAUCCUCCGUGCCUUUCCAUGGGGUUGUCCCCUUCACAGAUGGAAGUGGCAGGUUUUCCUUGGAAGGACUGAGGUGUUUUGCUGACGCCCAAAGGUGCAAACCGUCCAGGGCCAGUAAAUGACCAGCUUCCUCCUCUUUUUCAUAGUCAUAAAAUAUGCUGAGUUGGAAGGGAUAUAUCAGGAUCAUAGAGUCCAACUCCUGGCCCUGCACAGGACACCCCAAGAGUCCUGCCAUGUGCCUGAGAGCGUUGUCCCAACACUUCUUGAACUCAGACAGGCUUGGUGCUAUGACCACUUCCGUGGGGAGCCUGUUCCAGUGCUCAGCCAUCUGGGUGAAAAACUUUUUCCUGAUGUCCAGCCUAAACCUCCCCUGACUCAGCUUCAUGCCAUUUCCUCAAGUCCUGUCACUGGUCACAAGAGAAGAGGUUGAUGCCUGCCCCUCCUCUUCCCCUCAUGAAGACUGCAGUUAGGUCUCCCAUCAGUCACCUCUAGGCUGAACAAACCAAGUGACCUCAGCCACUCCUCAUAAGGCUUCCCUUCCAGUCUCUUCACCAUCGUCAUGGACACUCUAACAGGUUAAAGUCUUUUUUAAUGUUGUGGUGCCCAAAAUUGCACACAAUACAGAAGGUGAGGUCACACCAGCGUAAAGCAGAGCAGGACAGUCCCGUUACUUAGUAUUCCUUCAAGUCCUGUGCCUCAGUCGUUAAUGAAGAUGUUGAAGAGAACUGGGUCAAGGAUGGAGCCCUGUGUAACCCCACUAGUGACAGGUUGCCAGUCUGAUGUCACCCUGUUCGCUCUUUGUGCCCGACCCGUGAACCAGUUGCUGACCCAUCAUGUGACAUGGUUAUCCAGCUGUGUGCUGGACAUUUUGUCCAGAAGGAUACUGUGAGAGACUGUCCCAAAAGCAUUGCUGAAUUCCAAAAAGAUAACAUCUGCUGGCAUCCAUUGAUCAAUCAGGUGGGUUACCCUGUUGUAGUAGGAAAUCAGGUUUGAUGAGCAGGACUUUCCUCUCAUGAAGCCAUGCUGGCUGUGAUUGAUGACUGUGUUGUCCUCCAGGUGUUUUUCAAUACCUCCCAGCAUAAUCUUUGUGAUUUUACUGGGCACUGAAGUGAGACUGACAGGCCUGUAGCUUCCAGUCAGCUUGGACCUCUCCAGAUUCCCAAGACCGCUCAGAAAUCAUUGGGAGAGGCUUUGUGAUUACAUCAGUUAGCUCUUGAAGGAUUCUUGGAUGAAUCCCAGCACACCCCAUAGAUUUGUAGGGAUCCAGCUGCACAAUGAAGCCUGAGAAAAAAGUCUGGAUCUGAUCAAUGUCCAGUGUGGACAAGAGCAUAGAAUGCACUUCAUUUUAAAUAAAUUAUUGACAUAAUUGUCCAGUUCUGAAUUAAAAACUGUUCAUGCUAAACCCUUGUGUAC